CUAUUUGUCAGGGUUAGUUUUAUAAAAGGCCACCAGAUGGACCUCUACCUGAAAACUGCAGGUGUCCAAUGAUGCUGGCUUCACUAUGUAAAAUUAAUGCCGGUGAAACUGCGUGCCACCAAGACUGGGCGUGCGUUCAAAUGACCCAUUUCUGAAUUAGUAUUUACCCGUGGAUGUAUAGCCACUUGAAUUACACCUACCAUCACAGUUGUAGGCUGUAACUUUCUCUGUCGGGCUACGAUCAGAGCUCUAAGCAGCCAGUCCGCACUGCUCCUUUAAUUUCUGAGCCGCUUUCCAGAAAGCAGUAACCUGUUACAGGCUCAGCGAUCCUCCCCCUGAUGGAUUAUUUAACAGGCGCUGAGUCCCAUGUCGCCAUCUGCUAUAGGAAGAAAAACACUACGGUAUAUUCUCCGAGGUAGGCGACAGGCGACAAUUACGCGGCAGCAAAAGGGCGGAAUAAACUAAUUCAAUAAAAAUAUCCUGGAAGAGGGGAAAAGUAAACUUGCGCAACAGGUGUGAGACGGAGCAGAAGCGGAUAACUGGAACAUACCGACAUAAAAGGUUGGUUCAUCGCUCCGAUAAUAACUAAACGACUGAGUUUGGUUUCAAGAUGUAAAUAAAGUGUCGCUUACUAAAAUGCGUAGCUUUUGAAGGGGAAACUGAACUUGCUUUUGACCGUCAUCACCCUGGAAACAUCCAUGGAGCUAUAAACGAUCCAUCCCGCGUAAUUUACCUGGUGACUGUCAUGAUCUGAGGCUUUGUGACUGCGAUGCUGACCCCAUCCGCUCGGUGAACCGAUCGGGGUCAACGCACACAACCAGAGGAAGGAGUCGCCCGCUCUGCAGAAAGCCAUGGUGGUGGAGGGCGACAAGACGCUGCUCGCAGCGAGGCAGGGGGACGUGCAGGCUCUGAAACUGCAGCUGGCGACGAAGGCGCUCACCAGCGACGUCAAGGAUGUGCUGGGGGCUUCGCCCGUUCACCACGCAGCCCGGGCCGGGAAACUGGCCUGCCUGCGUUUCCUGGUGGAGGAGGCAGGGCUGCCGGGCAACUGCCUGGCCAACAACGGGGCGAGCCCGGCGCAUGACGCCGCAGCCACCGGCAACCUGGCGUGCCUGCAGUGGCUGCUGACCCAGGGUGGAUGUCGCCCUGAGGACAAGGACAGUUCUGGUGCCACUGUUCUCCACCUUGCCUCCCGCUUCAGUCACCAUGAGAUCACUGAUUGGCUGCUGAAGAGUGGCGAUGUGGACCCCGGGGCCUCCACCGAUACCGGCGCCCUACCUGUACACUAUGCUGCUGCCAAGGGAGACCUGACCUCUCUACGGCUGUUACUGGGUCACAGCCCAAACGUUGUCAACUCCCAAACAAAGAAUGGUGCCACACCGCUCUACCUGGCCUGCCAGGAGGGUCACUUGGAAGUCGUCCAAUACCUGGUCAAGGACUGUGGAGCGGAUUCCAGCACGAGAGCCAAUGACGGGAUGACUCCUCUGCACGCUGCUGCUCAGAUGGGCCACAACACUGUCAUCGUCUGGCUGAUGAGUUUCACUGAGAUCAGCCUGACGGACCAGGACGGUGAUGGAGCCACGGCCAUGCACUUUGCAGCCAGUCGUGGCCACGCAAAGGUCCUCAGCUGGCUGCUGCUGCACGGUGGAGAGAUCGUCACCGACAACUGGGGAGGGACGCCCCUCCACGAUGCUGCAGAGAACGGGGAACUGGAGUGUUGUCAGAUCCUCGUGGUCAACGGGGUGGACCUGGGCAUAAGGGACCAGGACGGCUUCACAGCAGCAGACCUAGCGGAGUACAACGGCCACUCUCAGUGUGCCAAGUAUCUGCGCACUGUGGAGAACAUGAGUGUGGAGCACCGUGUCUUGUCCCGGGACCCCUCCACAGACCUGGAGUACAAACAGCCAGACUCGGGCCUCUCGUCCCCAAACACCACCAUGCCCCCUGCCAGCCAGACGCCACACUUCGACAUCGGUUCGCCGUCCAGCUCCCUGUCCAACUACAACUCGGCCAACUCCAGCCAGUCCAGCACCGGCGAGAAGAGAAGCAGCUUAACGACGUCACGAGGUCCGCCUGCGCAACUCAACACAGUCGCACACACAGGUGUAUCAGAAUCAGCCAUUUCAGACAUGCAGGCUUACAUGGACAUGUUAAACCCAGAACUCAGCUCAGACACACCCAAGAAGAACGAGUCGCCGUCCGAUGCCACCUCCAAGCCUCCGCCCCCGCCCGCCUAUCCACCGCCGCCUCCCCCGCAGUGUCCCCCGCUGCCUCCUCCGCCCCCGUGCUUCCCAGCGCCACAGCCGCCUCAAGAGCCAUCGUCAGCCGAGUUCCUGAAGGUGAAAAGCAACUUGCGGCACGUGGAGAGCAGCACUGGCAAAAACGAGCUGACUCCGGAAGAAGACCACGAGAAAUUGCGACGUGUGGAUUCAAACAGGAGGUCGAGGAGUUUCAGCAAGCAGCCCAGCACUGGGGACUACUACAAGACCCUGGGCAGCGACACGGCCGAGCCCCGUGGGAGCAAAGGCAUGGCGCCCAACGAGGAGGGCUCCGUGUUACUGGAGGAGCCCACCGACAGUCCAGCGCACAGCUCCGAAAAUGGCACCGCCGAGGAGUCAGCACCGCCCCCACCGCCGCCGCCGCCUCCUCCUCCUCCUCCCCCACCUCCCCCCUCAAGCAAUCCGAUGCCAACGCCACCUCCGCCCCCUCCGCUGCCAUCAGAGGCGCAAACCGCCCAGAAUUAUGCCAGCAGCACCUCCACCAAUCAGCGACGUCCAUCCUCCUCGUCGGGAAGCGGGGAUAACUCUGUCUCUCACACAGAGGGAGGGGCACUUAGACUUGUGAAGAGCACAAAAUCUUUCAACAUGAUGUCCCCCACUGGUGACAACUCAGAGCUGCUGGCAGAGAUCAAAGCAGGGAAAAGCCUCAAGCCCACACCUCAGAGUAAAGGCUACACCACUGUCUUUUCCAGCAGUGGGCCGACAGGCAGCAAUGAAAACAUGUCUCCAGAGACCCAAUCAUCUACCCCGCCAGCCAAACCACCGUCUCCUCCACCAACCAAUACCUCUGUCACCCCUCCACCAACAACCCCAAGCCCCAGCCCUAGUCCUAGCCCCAGCCCUAGCCCAAGCCCCACGGGCUCUGGAUCCACCAGGACCAUGUCAAACUCUGCGAGCUAUGAGCAACUGCCCUCCAACUCUGUGGUCAACGGGAACGGCGGCACGGGAAGACCAGAAUCAGGGCGGAAGACGAGCCUUGCGGACGUGGAGGCACUCGUGCCCACUCAUGACGAACAGGGAAAAGCGAUCCCUGAAUGGAAGAGGCAGGUGAUGGUGCGAAAGCUUCAGGUCAAGAUGCAGGAGGAGGAAGAGCACAAGCGCAAGGCUGAAGAGGAGGCAGCGCGCCUGGCAUCGAUGCCGGCCUGGAGGAGAGACAUGAUGAAGAAGAAAAUGGAUGAAGAGAGAUGUGACAGGGAGCAAAAAAGAAAAGCCGAGGAGCAAGCCAAACAGGCGAAGGAGAUUGAAGAGAAGACGGAGCAGGAGCGACUACGGACCCUCGGCUACGACGAGACCAAACUGGCCCCGUGGCAGCGUCAGAUUAUCCUGAAGAAAGGGGACAUAGCCAAACAGUGAACUGGAUCUUAUCCCCGUCCACUGCCCUGCGGAGCUCCCCAUCUUUAUACACUUAUACACCCCCCCCAAACCCCUCCACCACCCACCGAUCAGCACGGGGUCGCCUCGUCCCCUCCUACACACUGUGUCAUUCCUCAGCCUCCAGGAGGUGGUUGCUGCCGUCCACACAACCCCUGAGGCUCGGCUUGGACGAGACAAUGGGAGACGGAGAAAGAUUCUGCGCCUCCCAUUCAAAGUCUCACGGACACAAACUCUCUUAGCACUAGCAACAGUUCUGACAUGCACUGACUCUCCUCGCUUAAGAUGUUUGCUAUGAACGCAUAUGUCCCAAACUAAUCUAAGAAUAUCUAUCUGCUUUCCUGCAAAUCACUAGAAGCUAUUUCAUGUAGAAGAUAUAAGCAGCUUGUGAUAGAUUGAUUGCCACAGUGGAGAGCCUGUUAUUGCAUUUACAUUAUCCCUUUUUUUUUUUUUUAGCAUCAUUCACCAUUAUGAAUAAUUAAAAAAAAAAAAGUAGCAUCCAAAGAUGGCACAGAAAUACCCAGCAAACGCUUGUUACAUUGUGAAGCAGCUAACGGAUUCUGAAUAUAUAAAUAGUAGCACCACAUCUUAGUUGUUAAAUUUUUGUAUCAGAAGCAAAUUGUAGGCUUCAGUUUAUUGCCAGAGUUGUAUGUCCUGUUAGAGGUCAAUCCUAACAUUGCUAAUCUGUUUCUGUAGCUGAGCUUGUUGUCAUUUCUCUGCGCAUUUGGACUAUCGAUAAAGAUCCUAUUUUAAAUAAUGCAAAGGUGAUGUAGGCGUGCAGAUUGAACUGUAGUUUAAAAAAAUGAAAAAGUUGCAAUUUAACUUCCCAAUGUGUGACCUAAAUAUUAAGCUACUGUGACGGCGGAUGUGAAAUUGUGGUAUGCGUGUGUUGCAUAUUGUGUAUCAGGUAUGUUGUGGUGUAUUAUUAAGCAUACUUGACCCUGGGGGAGCCCUGGAUUAUCAGAGACAGGACACGGGAAGUGAAUGAAAUUCUUCUAGGUUUCUACGUGAGCAUGGCCUUUUAAUAAAAAUAAAAAUGAACGUGCAGGUGGGACGAGUAAGCAUCUUAUACUAGACAUCUCCUCUGCACGCUGAACAUUGCACAAGUAGAGAAAAGACAUCGGUUUGUCCUGUGUCCUAUUCUGGCCUUUGUCCCACUAACCUGGAAGAUGAAUCUUUCAUGAGCAGAUCUGCUUACAGACUUGAGAGUGCUCUCUGCUCUGCCACAGAUGAUUGGAUUCUCAACCCCAAUGUCUCUCGUCAAACAUCUGAUUAGAAAUGAGACGAGCAACGCUCGUAAAAUGCGCAUUAUAAUUAGAAGCGUAGAUGUUAAGCUAGCUCAGUUUGUCAAGGCAGAACAGCAUGUACAGCGUUCCUUAUUUUUUAAACAGCUGCUUCGCGCUCCAGGUUUUCAAGUAUUCUUAGGAUUCGCUCGCUUGAUUGGCUGGUUGAUCGCACAUUCAUCAGUCUGUCUCGGCAAAGAUUCAGAUCUGAUGAAUAGAAACAUAAACGUGAAGGGAAGGACAUGCAAGAGGAAAGAGUUUUUCAUUGGAUGCAAGAUUAGCAUACGCCCCCUAGUUCAGGAUGAGCAGAAUCAAAUGCUUUUGUCCAUUAAGGAGGCUAGUGUAUAGCUGAUGUACUGCUACAAGACACAUAAUAUAACAACAUCAAAUUAUAUUUUUGGGUGGACUUUAAGUAAACUUCACAAUUAUGCCCUCUUUGUGAACGUGUCCUGUGGGUCUUCUCACGCGAUGGAAAAUAUUCUGUGUUUACGUCAUUUAUGUUGGAUGUACAUUUUUACAAAUAUAAGAUAUCAAGCAUACGCAUCAUUUCACCGUGAAAGACAUGGGACCGUCGGAUCAUUUGGAAAUAUUCUAAUUCACUUUUAUCGGAUGCCAUAUGAUAAUGAAAAUAAAAAUUAUGUAAAUGUGACUGCCAUUUGAUUUUCUCUCUCUGUGUUUCUCUCUCCUUCUCUCUCCAUCUCUGUCUCUACAUAUAAAUGUACUGUAUAUAUACAGUAUAGAAACUCUGUAUAUAAUGACCCUGACAGUUUCCAUUGUUUCCAUCUAUUACAUGUCUCAGCCUUGCUUGACUAGACCAUAGAAUAAAUUAUAUAUAUUUUCAGACUGUUAAAAAUUAAGACAAUAAAUCUUCAAUCACCAAACUA